UUGGAGUCGCUAACGGCGUCCUUAUAUCUGGAUGUGAUGGGUGACUCGUCGGCGAUAAUCACGCAAAUGAGGAGAAACGACGAGGAGAACGCGCCGCGUCGCGAGGGUGGAUCCAGUGAAGUUGCAGCCUCAAAGAAGCCUCACAGCAGAGGACUUCUAAGCAGUCUCCUCUGCUGUCUCUGCCACAAAGACACAGUUUUUCCCUCUGCGAAAAACAAAAACAAUGCCCCCCUCUUGGUGGAGGAGAACGGCUCUGGGUCAAAAGUAGGUCCGUCGCUCGCCCCUCUCCGCGGUGUCUGCUUUCUCCCCUCCCCUCCCCGCUCUUCUUCUCGAACAGCAUGUGGUCAGCAUAAUUGUCAGUUGUCUGAUGAGUGA